AAAUAAUAAUGACUAAUUUUGUUUUUAAAAAUUAUUUUUAGAAACUAACUAUUUAAUUUAAUUUUGUGCUUUAAAGUAGCCAAAGCUAACCGAACAAGGCCUAACACGCCGGCAGCUCAGCUUAGCUUAAGCUUAAACAAAAGCGCCUGGCCCCUGUGGUAAGACGCGCUGCUCCGCCUUGUGCUUUGCCCCGGCCUCAAGGCAUCGGCAUCGACAUCAUCGUCAGCUCUCGCCUAGCUUGUCCUCCUCUUCCUUCCGCAGCGCGUUGCCUUCUCCCGUUCUUCCCCGCUCGCUCCCCUCCCUCUCUGAGCUGUUGCUUUGCGAGGGACAGCAAUGGGCUCGCGGCGGCUCCUUGCUGCUCUCGCCGCCAUUGCGGUGUCGUCUUGCUUCCACGGCGCGUCGGGCUCGGCGUCGACGUUCGGCGACGACUUUGAGAUCACGGGCGCCGAGGACCACGUCAAGACCUCCGCUGACGGCCAGACCUGGUACCUCUACCUCGACCAGAAGACAGGCGUGGGGUUCCAGACGAAGCAGCGGUAUCUCUUCGGUUGGUUCAGCAUGAAGCUCAAGCUCGUCGGCAACGACUCCGCCGGCGUCGUCACCGCUUACUACAUGUGCUCCGACGUGGACGCGGCGCCGCAGCGGGACGAGCUGGACUUCGAGUUCCUGGGCAACCGGACGGGGCAGCCCUACAUCAUCCAGACCAACGUGUACCACAACGGCGUCGGCGGCCGGGAGAUGCGCCACUCGCUCUGGUUCGACCCAACCGCCGACUUCCACACCUACUCCAUCCUCUGGAACGCCAAGCACAUCGUGUUCUUCGUGGACAAGGUGCCGAUCCGUGUGUACCCCAACGACGCGGGCAAGCCCGGCAACAGCUUCUUCCCGAUCGCCAAGCCCAUGUACGUCUUCUCCAGCAUCUGGAACGCCGACGACUGGGCCACGCGCGGCGGGCUCGAGAAGACGGACUGGACCAAGGGGCCCUUCAUCUCGUCCUACCGCGACUUCGCCACCGACGCCUGCUCCUGGCCAACCGACUCGACUGCACCGCCGGCGUGCGCGGCGGCCACGGGGGACAGCUGGUGGGACCAGCCGCCGGCGUGGGCGCUCGACGGCGCGCAGCGGGAGGACUCCGCCUGGGUGGGACGAAACCUCGUCAUCUACGACUACUGCAGCGACCGCGAGCGGUACCCCGCUGUGCCGGAGGAGUGCGCGCUCCGGGCCACCACCGCCUCGUGAGGUCGUCGUCGGCAUACGUGCGGGGCCAGGAUCAUUGGUUCGAAUGAUUCUUUUUUGCGUGUAACAACAGGCUAUGGAUUCUUAGAGAGAGAGAGAGAGAGGG